UAUCCCACAAAUAGCAGGUUUACAUGCUUCCAUACAUAACAACAUUAGUACUGAAAUUUCCAAAAAUGGUGGACACGUAGUCCUGUCAGCAGGAUAUGGGAAAAGGCGAGAACACAAAGCCAUGAACUCAUUGAAAAAGAAAACCAAAAUCAAUCAAG